CAACAGGGCAUGUGCUGCUGCUGCUGCUGCUGGAGAGUCUCGAGAAGCGUUUGGAUGGCGUAACACAAUCCAGGAGCUCAUAUCACAUCUACCAGAAAUCUGCGCAUUCUACCGAGACUCAUUUGAAGCAAGUUGAAGAUGGAGGAACCCAUGUCUGACGCCUGCACAACCCCAGCCAAUGAGAAGUCUUGUCAGACAGAUGACCUCAUGAUCGAGGCCGUCGUGCCCGGACCGGACCUCGCGAGCAAGACGCUGGUAAACUCGACAGAAAUGGGGGAUCCUCCUCUGCUACUGAGACCCCUACAGACCUCCAAAUCUGGAAUUGAGCAGAUAAUCGCAUGCUUCCGCACAGGUACUGCAGAGUUAAAACACAUUCUCCUGAAAGAAGUGGACACGAUCUUUGAAUGUAAACUCUGUCGCAGUCUCUUCCGUGGUCUUCCCAAUCUGAUCAAACACAAAGAGAUUUACUGUUUCUCCAGACUGUCCCAGCCUGAUGACUCUUCUGGAGAUGGCGAAAAGAGCAUCAAGGAGCUUCUGGAGGCCAUCUAUCCUCGCUCUGAGAAGCAGGAAUAUUUUAUGAGACUGGAGCCCAUCGCUGGUAACCAGAAUGCAGUGUACCAGUAUGUGUCCUCGGAGGAAGACCUCCCACCUUCAUCCCAGAGCCCCGAGCACACCAACACAGACGACUGGAGUCACGUCCACCUCCAUGAGCCAAACACAGAGAUGAAGGAAGGAGAGGAUCAUUGCGUCAAGGAAGAGGAGAGAGCGAGCGUUAACAAAGAUGAUGAAGAUGACGAAGGAUCUGAGGAGCAUCAGGUGUCUUCCGAGGACAGAACGGAAGAAGCGGACGUGAGCGAUUCGUCCUCCUGCAGAUGCCGCCUCUGCAACAGAACAUACAAAGUACGUGGUCGCCUUCAGAGACACCUCCGCAUCGUUCACAAGAUCAUCACCUCCUCCGAACCUACGUCAAACAACAAGAAAACCAAUGGAAAAGUUCCAGAGAGUCCCGAUGCUAACACCAGUGAUUCUCAGAAAAGCCCCAGAGAGGAGAACAAGGUGCCGUGGAAGCCCACAUUCUCCGCCGGCUUUGAUUUGAAGACGCGCUUCUGUAAGCUCUGCAGGCGGACGUUCAGCUCGGAGCAGAACCUGGCCAAGCACAUCGAGCUCCACACGGACAACGGCAGCGACUUCUUCGUCAAGUUUUACUGCUGCCCAAUGUGCAGCUACAGGACCCGCCGCAAGAGAGACGUGGUGAGACAUCUGUCCGACUUCCACAAGAAGAACUCCACCUACCUGAGCAGGAUCUCUCAGUCGCUGGAGAGCAGCGCCAUCAAGACGCCCGCCAAGGACGUGUUGAACAAAAAAAAGCCGAAAAUGCAGCAGGAAGUGAAGCUUCACAGCUCUCCGUAUCUGACGCGCAGGAACCAUAACGCGCCUCGCAAAACGCCCGGCGGUGAGAAAGGGAGAUCUGGCGUGAAAGUGAAGCGUGACAGCGGGGAAGGUAAAGUCAUGCAGCCGCUGUCCGUCUGCGGCGUGUGCGGUCAGGGCUUUAGAAAGCAGAGGCAUCUGGAUUUACACAUGAGAAGCCAUCAGAAAACUGCAGGAAGGAGGGCAGCAGCAGGUGUACGCACGAGGUCAAAGGUCAUGCAUUGAUUCUCUCUGACAAUAGACUGGAUUUGCUGCAACGUUGGAAAGAUGGACAGUUGAUAUUUUCUAACCACUUUUAAGUAUAAGAAGGAAUGAUGGUUUUCAUUUCUAGCUGCUAUCAGUUUUUGUGUUUCGCAUGUAAAAGCGACAGAACAAUAGUCUCAGAAUGGCGUUCAGUGGCCGGAGGUCCAGGCGGAGCUGAACUAAGACAAACCGGACACAUGACAACUCUGCUAUUCAGUGCAGACGUCUGGGGUUAAAUCUGAUGUCACAAAGAGCAUGAAAUUAACAGGACUAUAAUUAAAUAAGAGUCUUUAAAAAAAAACACUGCUUUAUGAACUGCUGGUAAAUGUUAAACACUCUUUAUAUUUGUUAUUCUGCAGUUCUUCAGUUAUCCGUUUCUCUAGAUGCUCUCUCUUUACUUUUAUAAUAACAUUUUUAUGGAUUUUGUGUCAUUAACAUUUCUAUUCUCAAUCACUAACUUUUUUCUCUGUGUUACAGUUCAGUUGGUUUUAUUUCUCAUAUGAGUGUAUCCACCAACAAUAAACUGAGACGAUGACUCUUCCUUUA